AUGAACAUGGAGCGAAAAACCCUAGCGACUACGCGUCCGCUUCUACUUACGUCUUUCUUAUUCCAUCUUCGCGGAGCAGCAUUUGGUUCAUCAAAGGCGUUUCAUUGUCUUCUGCUUCUCUCAUGUCUAUUGCUUUCCUCAGUCAACACAUUGCAUAACUUGGAUGGAUAUGACUCUUGUGGUUACAACAUUGCUGCUUCUAAAGUGUUUCAGAGCUUCAAAGGUGGAGAUUCCGAGAGUGUGGCAAUCCAGAAUGUUUGUCCUAGUUCACACCUGUUCUCUUUGCUUUCAGCUUUAAGAUCAGAGAAUCAGUUUGAUCCAUUUGUCCCCUUCUUUGGGUUGUCCUGUCCUAGCAAAUCAUGGAGUAACUCUGCUCUGAAGACUAACAAUCUAUCUGGUGUUGUGUGGCUAUCUCUAAAGCCUGUCCACAUCAUAGAGUUUCAGCCUUUCACCGAAUUCCUUCACAUUGGAGACACCACCACUUGCUACAAACCUUUGUCUAAUAAGGACAAGGGAAGAGAGUUAAGUGUUUCGGUUUCGGGGAGACAGUGUGGAGGAAAUGGUUUUAUGCAGCAGAAUCAGUGUGAAGGAUUCUCGUUAGAAGCAGGGGAUGCCAUAAAGUUUCUGUUUUUCUACCAGACCGACUUCUCUUGGGCAUCUGGAGUUGCUGUUUUCCGGGUACCUACGAAGGCGACAGCGCCUGUCUUGAUGCUGAGUCUUUGCAAAAAAACAGUCUUUUGGGUGCGCACCAAGAAAUUCUCCAUUGCGGUUCUUAUUGCUGCUGCUGCUUUACUCAUUCUGAUGUUUUGGUUCAAUGAUCACUUCGUCGACGAGGAGAAUGAGAGUAACAAUGGCAGUCACGUUGCGGUCAGAAAAGUUGAGAAGCCAUCUACCAUCACAAUCUCCCCUGAAAUGGAUUCUCUGCUAAGAUCCAUUAGCAAAGAGUCCAGUGAGGUGUCCGAGAACAGUAUAAACCCAAUUGCUUCUGUUUCCUCUUCUUCUUGCCAAGCAGAAACAUCAGAAGAAGCUGUGAGCCUCACCGUGAAGACUGCGAAAGACAAGAAGAGACGGCGUAACAAGAAGAAGAAGAAAGGAGCAAUCAGCGGAUUAGCAUCCGAGCGCAACGAUGUAUCAAGCAGCCACAGCGGAAACUCAACUCCAAGAUCUCCAAUGUCACCAGAACCACCAAUCACUCAAGCCGCAGCGAAGCCCGUAAAGCCUCCAAAACCGGCCCUGUCGCACUCAGCAACGUUUCCUGUUUCAGGGGUGAAGUCGAUGAUCAUACAGAGCAGCUCUCUGGCUCCAAAUGUGAGAGCCCCUGGUUCGAAAUCAAGAACCCAAGUGAAAGAAGAGAAGGCGAAAGAGUAUAGGUACGAUAUUUGGGGAGAUCACUUGACAGGGCUUCAUUUGAUGGAUAGGUUUAAGGAAGUGAGAGAAGGCAAAAGCUGCUCAGUCUUUGGUGAAAAUGAGUGUGAGAGUUUUUUCGUUAAGGGUCCUCAGAACUUGUUAGCAGACUCUCAUGCCAGGCUUGUAAGUUUCUGCAACCAAUGGGGCUAAUAAAGAAAUAAAAAUAUAUUAUAUAAUAAUGUGAAGCCCAGUGGGCUUUGUGAUCAGGCUUUUGCAACGUUUAGUUCUCGUAUGGGCCG